UCCAAAGACAUCCCAAUCAACCAAUCCAAAAACACCUCCCUCCGCCUCUUCCUGCCCAAGCGAUCACUCAACUCUUCCCCUCCGGCCAAACUCCCUCUCCUGAUCUACUUCCACGGCGGCGGCUUCGUGAUCUGCAACCCGUCCACAACCAACUUCCACGACUACUGCUCCAACGCCGCCCUCCAGCUCCCCGCCGUCGUCGCCUCCGUCGGCUACCGCCUCGCCCCCGAGCACCGCCUCCCCGCCGCCUACGACGACUGCGAGGAGGCCCUCCGCUGGCUCGCCUCCCCCGCCGCCGCGGGAGACGAGCCCUGGCUCAGGGACCACGCGGACUACGAAAACUGCUUCCUGAUGGGGACCAGCGCGGGAGGCAACAUAGCCUACCUUGUUGCCCUCCGCACCGCGGUCCAAGUCAACAAAGGAAGGGAGCGGAUCCGAGGGGUGAUGCUGCACCACGCGUUCUUCGGCGGGGUGGAGAGGACCGGAUCGGAGGAGCGGCUGGCGGUCAACGCCACGUUGGCGCUGGAGACGGCGGAUCUGUGUUGGGAACUGAGCUUGCCGCACGGUGCGGACCGUGACCACCAGUACUGCAACCCGAUGGCCGGAGGCGGCGGGUCGGAGUUGCUGGAGGAUGUGAGGGCCGCCGGGUGGAAGGUGGCGGUGGUUGACUGCGAGGGGGACCCGCUGGUUGACCGGUGCAAGGAGACGGCGAGGAUGAUGGAAGAGAAAGGGAUCGAGGUGGUGGCCCACUUCGAGAGCGGCGGGUUUCAUGGUUGGGAGGUGAUGGACGCCGAGAAAGGGAAGGAGUUCAACGGUGGAGUGCUGAAGAAAUUUGUGCAGUCUUGUUUGGAUGCGUAG